AGAUCGGCUCCAGUAGAAGUGAGCGCGCGGAGAGACGAGAACACAGAGCCCACUCAGGAAAUGCUUUAGGAAACACAUCUGAACGCGUUUUAGAAAACAGAUUUAUGACAAUGUCGAAGGAUCUUGUUGUCCAGUUUGGUGUGUUUUACGCCUUACUGUUCCCAGGAGUCUUUGGUUUUGUUCCUUCUCCAACAAACGUCAGUGUUGUUUGUCACAACUUUGUGAAUGUCCUCUUCUGGAACUACAGUAACCCAACUGAACAGCUGAAAUUCAGUGUAAUGGUCAAACCUUAUGUUAGUGCUUCCCAAACAGUUGACACCCCUCAGACGUACCUUGAUAUCAGCAGCUACAGCAGAGAUGCGGAUGACGAUUACUUUGUGUUCGUGACGGCACAUGAUGGGCAAGAGAAAUCAGAAAGCGUCUCCAUUAGAUUCACCUACAGCAAAGACUAUUUUGAUGAGAACACACAUAAAUAUAAAUGCUCUUUGGACUUUCCAGCUGUAAAUACAUCUGUCCACAAAGAUGUGAUUGAAGUGUCCUUUCAGCACAUUUUCUUGCUUCAUAAGCAAGACAUACUGAAUGAAGAAUUUAAGUACACAAUCACACAUGAUGAGCAAAAGGUUUUAUACUCAUGUUUUGUGGAGGAGGAGCUGUGCACUGCAGAAAUCCACCUGAACCAAAGCGUUGCUGGACAGUGUGUUAGGCUGAAGCUUGAAGGGAUGAUUGCUGGUAUUCCUUCAUAUACCUACAGAAACAUUUGUGUCCCUCAGCAGACGCCUGAGACCGACAAAACGGGAAUAAUUGCAGCUUUGCUAGGCGGAGGGACCAUUGUGCUCUUCAUUAUCAUGGGCUUUGUGUGGCUGCUUUGGAGGAAAUGGUCCAAAAUCCCCAAAAUGCCUCAAGGUUUGUGGUGCGUUAUCUCCAGGCAAUCUCAUACAAUGCUUGUUUCCCAACCUGAGCCGACAGACAUUUGUCCAGUGACAUCACAGGGACCCCCCAGUUCCCCGAAUGAGGAAGACGGCAAAACAGUCUCAACACUUGAUGACACCGUAGUGGAUCUAACUGAGGUUUCUGAAGAGGACAUGGAUUGUGAAGACUCUGAAGGCUUUGGCAGGUCGUCUGACUAUGACAGUCCCAAAUUCCUGCAGGAGAUGAAUCCGGGGGACAGUACUGAGGGAUACGGCCCUCGACCACCAGUGCUUUAGGUCUGAACAUGUGUAAGAAUGACACUGGAAGGUUUUUCCAUUUCUUGUGAAAAGACAGACGGCUUGUUCACACCAAGUCAUUGUAAUCAUUUUUUGGUCCAUUAACAAUUUCACACAUUGAUCAGUAGGCUUGUGUUGUGUGCGCAGAGACAAAACUACAUUAAAAUCAAAGCUGUGUACAAUG